AUGCCACGAUUGACUGAUUAUUGGAAAACUGAUAAACUUUUUAAUUUAAACUGCUUUCGUGAAGUUAUGAGUAGAAAAAGGUACAUGCUGAUAAUGCAUGCGUUACAUUUUAGUCGCAACCCUGAAUGUGGAGCUGGAGUUUCUAAACCUAGUUGGUUAUAUAAAAUUGACACAGUUGUAGAAUAUUUCAAAAAUUGUAUGCUUGAAGUAUAUCAACCAUCUAAACAAUUAUCCUUGGACAAGCAAGGUACCGAUAGUACACUUGAAAAAAGUCAUACAGAGCAUGUUGUUUAUAGACUGAUGGAAAACCAUUUAGACAAAGGUCACUCACUCUUUAUGGAUAACUAUUACAACAGCAGUAGUUUAGCACACACAUUAUUACAGCGUAAGACAUAUUGUACAGGAACUCUUAGAAACAACCGAAAAAUUGAUCCAAAAGAAGUUAUUUCAAAAAAACUCAAAACUGGAGAAAGUGUUUGUAAAUAUACAAAAGGUGGUGUGUGUAUAGUCAAAUGGAAAGACAAAAGGGAAGUCCUGGCUAUAAGUUCUGAGUUCAAAAAUGAAAUGGUAGAAGUACAUAAUAAAUAUGGUCAAUCUAAAUUGAAACCCUUGCCGAUUUCGGAAUACAAUAAGUUUAUGUCUGGUAUUGAUCGGCAAGAUCAAAUGAUGUCGUAUUACCCUUGCGAAAGGAAAACUUUGAGAUGUAAAGAAAAUGAUAAGUUAGAAAGUCAGAGUGAUGUAUUAUUAGCUAAUAAAAUCUCAACUAUUUCCCAAGUUAACUCCGAGGAAGAAAAUCUAGAAUUAGAAAGAGAAAAAUCACAGGAAUUAUCAUCCAUUUGUUUAAAGUUUCCAAAAGCGUUAAAUAAAGAUUCUAAGUUACCAUAA